GCCAGGAAGAUGCAGCUACUCCUGCUCCUGGUGGCCUUUCUCCUACCCCCUGGGGCUGGGGCAGGGGAGAUCAUCGGAGGUCAAGAGGCCUGGCCCCAUUCCCACCCCUACAUGGCGUAUCUUCUUAUCCGAACUGAAAGAGGUGUGAGAACUUGUGGGGGGUUCCUGGUGCGAGAAGACUUUGUGAUGACGUCAGCUCGCUGCUGGGGCAGUCGUAUUCGCGUCAUCUUGGGGGCCCACAACAUCAGGAGGCAGGAAAGGACCCAGCAGAGUAUAGUGGUGCUGAGAGCAAUCCGUCACCCUAGAUUUAAUGAGCAGAACAACCUGAAUGACAUCAUGUUGCUGCAGCUGGAAAAUAGAGCCCGGCAGAAUCAGUUCGUGAGGCCAUUGGAUCUGCCUCAGUCCCAGGCCAGGCUUUGUCCGGGGUCCCUGUGCACUGUGGCUGGCUGGGGCCUAAUCAGCCAGAACAGGAGAACAGACACGCUCCAGGAUGUGCAGCUGAGAGUGCAGCGGGACCAGGAGUGCAGCAAUCUCUUUGGUUCCUACAACGGCCGAAGACAGAUUUGUGUAGGAGACCCGAGGGGCAGGAAGACCACCUUUCUGGGGGACACCGGAGGCCCCCUUGUGUGUAGCAAUGUGGCCCACGGCAUUGUCUCCUAUGGAAGCAGAUCCGCGACUCCUCCAGCAGUCUUCACCAGGAUUGCUCGCUUCCUUCCCUGGAUAAAUAAAACAAUGAGCCAAUUUAACUAA